UAUCAAUUUCGCGCACAUCAAAGAAGUUGUUUCCUUGGCAAGCAGAUUUCAGAGCUAGAGAGAGAAAAUCCCAAAUCAAGAGAGUGAAAGGAGCGAGAAGCAAACCCUAAUUUCAAUUUUUCGAUUCUUCUGAAUUUUGAGAGAGAGAAAAAAAAAAAACCCUUGAUUUCUGAAUUUUGAUCAUGAUUGUUAAGCAAAACAUGGUGACGGAGUCGGAAAUCAUAUGCAAGCACCAGGGCAUGUCGGUGAUGGAGAUGAAUUACCAUCUGCGCGUCACCGGCGCCCAAGAACGCAGCCUCCAGAAGACUGAAUUGUCCUCGUCGCCGCCGCCUCCCGCCGCCGCUGUCGUAGUUGCCGGAGAGGUUAGGGUGGAUGCGAUCUCCUCGCGCUUCGAAUCGGUACGUGUUCUUGGCUUUCUUGAUGCCUUUGGUUUGUGGAAAAAUUUGUUUUUUCUGGUUUUGGUUUUGGUGGAUUGGAUUUUGCUUGUGUAUUUCGUGGUUGUCAGCUUUGUUGAUUUCUCUUAUGUGCUUUCUUUACGAGAUUUGGCUGAAGAUUGUGUUUUUCCGGGUUUCGCAUGCAAUAUUAGGUGUACCUGGAUUCUGAUGCACCUGAGAAUUCGUCUUACCUGCUUUGGCUUUUUUUUUUUUUUUUUUUUUUUUUUUUCGGUUUUUUUCUCAGACGCCAUUCAAGAUGCUGUCAUUGAUUCUCCCACAGCCAAAUUUGUUCCAAAUAUUCGUUCAGGAAGUCAUACUGACAUUGGACAAAGACGUUCCAUGGAGGAUGAACACAUCCGAAUAGACGAUCUAUCUGCCCACCUGGGGUCUGAUUUCAAGUGUCUGAUGCCAAGUGCAUUUUAUGGGGUUUUUGAUGGCCAUGGGGGUCCGGAAGCAGCAGCUUACAUCAAGAGGAAUGCUAUGAGAUUAUUUUUUCAAGAUUGUGAUUUUCCACAAACGUCGGAGAUUGACUCUGUUUUCUUGGACGAGUUGGAGAAUUCUCACCGGAAAGCAUUUCUACUGGCCGACCUCGCUUUGGCAGAUGAAGCUAGUGUGAGCAGCUCGUGUGGGACGACGGCAUUGACUGUCUUAUUGCUUGGAAGGCACUUGCUCGUCGCGAAUGCAGGUGACUGUCGAGCAGUCCUCUGUAGGAAAGGUGUAGCACUCAACAUGUCUCAAGAUCACAGGCCUACUUAUUUGCCUGAACGCCGGCGAGUUGAAGAAUUGGGCGGUUAUUUCGAUGAUGGUUACCUCAAUGGUCACCUCUCAGUCACGCGAGCUCUUGGUGACUGGGACUUGAAGUUCCCACUUGGGUCCUCGUCGCCACUCAUUGCUGAGCCUGAUGUUCAGCAGGUCCUAUUAACAGAAGAUGAUGAGUUCUUGAUUAUUGGCUGUGAUGGAAUAUGGGACGUUAUGUCAAGCCAAUACGCAGUAAGCCUUGUUCGCCGUGAGCUGAGGAGGCACGAUGACCCACAGCAGUGUGCCAGAGACCUUGUUCGAGAAGCAUUGCGCCUAAACACGUCAGACAAUCUCACUGUGAUAGUCAUUUGCUUCUCUUCGCCUUCGCGAGUUUUUGACCCGUCUUCUCGGCAGCGACCAAGGUUGAGAGCAUGCAGUCUACCUGAGGAGACCCUGAGUAGGUUGCAAAGCCUGCUAAAUUAAGUGUGAAUACAUUUAUUAUCGGUCAUCUACUGAUUUUUUUAUGCGAGAAACAUUAGGUCUGUUUGUGGCUGUUUCAGAUUAUAUUAAGAGAGAAAAAACGGCCAGCAGUUUUGUUUAGGGUAGAAGAAAAUUCUAGGAUUUUCCAGUCUCGGGGAUGGGAUGAUGAUGCUAUUUGUAGACAUGUUAAUCAUUUUUCACCGAAUAGAUUGUUUAUUCAGUGGGGAUGGCCCACCAUAUCUAAUUCAUUCUCCAUAGUUUUUUGCCUUUUCA